GCAACACCUCCCCUGUCAACUAGUUAGACCACAGCUGUUUGGACACAUGCUAGAGUUGAGGUUCUGACGAGUUCCACAGAGGACUUGUCUUGCUUUUAUAAUGUUCAUCCGGGCUGUAGGUUAUGUGCCAGUCGGAGCUUGGCAAAUGGGAAGAUGAAACCAUGAAGGCACCAGGAGCUCUGACACACAGGCUCUAUAAUUAAAAAUGGAUGUAGUCUCCGUGACGUCGCCCAUAGGUUUCUGAAGGGCCACUGUGGGGUCGGCUCCGGGCUCCUGGCUAAUCUAAAAAUGAGCAAAGGGCUGGAGUGUGGGUGGAGCUGAGGCGGACCGAAUGGAGCCAGCCACCUGUUGAUGCCACCCGCCUGUCACUCAAAGCGGCCAUGGCCCUAAUUAUGCAUCACUUUAAGCCUUAGUAUCAUUUGAACAGUAGGUAGUGGUGUCGCAGCAGAAGGAUGCCGCUGGUGAAGCGCACCAUCGAGCCCAGGCACCUGUGCCACACGGUGCUGCCAAGGAACAUCAAGAAUGAGCUGGAGUGUGUGACUAACAUCUCCUUGGCCAACGUUAUUCGCCAGCUCAGCAGCCUCAGUAAAUAUGCAGAGGACCUGUUUGGAGAGCUGUUCAAUGAGGCCCACACCUUCUCUUUCCGGGUCAACUCCCUGCAGGAGCGCGUUGACCGCCUCUCCAUCAGUGUCACACAGCUGGACCCCAAAGAAGAGGAAUUGUCUCUUCAGGACAUCACCAUGAGGAAGGCUUUCAGGAGUUCCACUAUUCAGGACCAGCAGCUGUUUGACCGCAAGUCACUGCCCAUCCCACUGCAGGAGACCUUCCAGACAUGCGAGCAGCCGCCACCCCUCAACAUCCUCUCACCCUACAGGGACGAUGGAAAGGAGGGUCUGAAGUUCUACACCAAUCCAUCCUACUUUUUUGACCUGUGGAGAGAGAAGAUGCUGCAGGACACAGAGGACAAGAGGAAGGAGAGGCGGAAACAGAAGCUGGAAAUGCCUUAUCUUGUGUGUUCCAAUGGCCUCAUAAGAGUCCUCUCUGAAACCCCUCCUCCCUUCCUCACUCCCCCAGAGUUGCAGGACCCCCGCAUGUAUGAUCAGGUCUAUAGGUACUUAGACCUUCCAGGGCAGCUGAAGGCGAUAGACCGUCCACCGGAGCCGGAGAAGGUCCCGCGGGCGCCGCACGAUCGCAAGAAGGAGUGGCAGAAGCUGGCACUGGGUGCAGAGCUCGCCCAAGACAUACCUGACGACAAACACCGAGAGGCCAACGGAUCGGCAGGUUACCACGACAACAGGGCUCCCUUGUACAUGGAACAUUUGGACGGGCCCUUCUCGCUGGCGGCGCUGCCCUACACCCAGAUGAACGAGCUGCUGAACCGUACCGGGGACAGAAUGUAUUCACGGCCCCACGACCCUCCACCGCCUCCACCCCUCAUGCACCCACUGGGAGAGAUCAAGCCACCCUCUGUGAUCAGUUCCAGUUCAGGUUUUUCCGACAGCAGACCCCAGUCUCCAGCGCGGACAGCAUGCUUCAACUCCAACACUCCUCCUCCACCACCUCCCCCUCUCCCCCCUCCACCACCCCCGUUACCCUCCACAGGCAUGCGGGGCACCCCUCCUCCUCCCAUUCCGCCUCUACCGGUCCAGCAGCAGCUCCCAGCCAUUCCGCCUCCCCCCGCUCCUCUCCAGAUCGCCCCGGGGGUGCUCCACCCGGCCCCUCCACCUGUGGCACCUCCCCUCCACUCCUCCUCCCCGGCCCGUCUCCAACAGGUCCUGGACAGGGGCCAACCCAUGGGCUCGGGGACCCAGUCGGACGGCACCAUCCUGCCUCCUCCCCCGCCGCCCCCUCCUCUGCCCCUCCCCGGAGCACGGAGCUCCUCGCCCUGUCCGUCAGGCCCGCCACCUGUGCCGGCCUUCCCCUCAGCAGGAGCCAUGGCCUCCCCGCCGCCCCACACCCUCCACGAUGUGGGGAGCAAGAGGCACCAUCCAACCAAUCUGCCACCCAUCAGCGAUGCACGCAGUGUCCUGUUGGAAGCUAUCAGAAAAGGCAUACAGCUGCGCAAAGUGGAGGAGCAGCGCGAGCAAGAGGCUAAGCACGAGCGCGUUGGCAACGAUGUGGCCACCAUCCUGUCACGACGCAUCGCCGUGGAGUACUCCGACUCCGAGGAUGAGUCUGAGUUUGACGAAGGAGACUGGAUGGAGUGAUGGCGAUCAUAGGGAUGUAAAAAAAAAGCGGUGUUGGUGGCGGAGGACAAACGUGUUCAGGUGCCCCCCCUCCUCCUCCCAACCCACACCCUGCACUCCACACCUCACCAUCAAAGAGUCUUUCUACUCUGGAAAGAAGCAAAACAUCGUUGUUGCCCACGUCUCCUCUGUCGAGCUUUUUUAUCUCGUCAUAUCUCUGUCUCGUUGUGGUUUGUGUUCGGAGGAGAAAUCUCCACGUCGCUCUCGUCUGUCUCUCUAGUGUUCCAAGAGAAGUUUUUUGCAUUCAUUCUUUUCUGCACUACCACACGACUUUGUUUCUGCUGGAUUUCUUGUGACGAAAUCCCUCAUGUUUACUCUUGUUAUACAUGAAAAUAACUUUUUUGAAGAACCACUUGUUUUUGUUUCUUAUCUGUACGUCGAUGUAAUAAAAAAAAAAAAACCUAGAAAAUAGAAAAGGAAAAAUGAAGGCAUGUUGCAUUUAUCCUUAGUUCUCAGCACCGUUUUGCCACCUGGUGGCUGAACACGGCAUUGAAUGAAUGCUGUUUUAUUUUAUCGUCUUUUAUUUACCUUUUUUUCUGAUGAAACAUUUGCGGUUUUAACAGGCCAGUAGUUGCUGAUACUGACCACUACAUGAACAGUCACUCAGUGUGGACACCAGCUGGGUUGUAUUUUGUUUUUCUCUCUUAUCAGGACUGACUUUUACCACUUAGAACAAGCAAAAGAUUGUGUCGGUAUGUCAUGUGAUGAUUGCUGUACGGUUGAAAAUGACGAAGGGGGAGCAUAUGGCUGAUUUGGCCACACGUGUGCAUAUCCAUCCACUUACAUCUAACUUUUACUCCAGGGAAAUGUAUGCCAAGAGAUUGAGCUUUUUUUUUGUCUGUCCGGGUUCUGAGGAGCCACGUACGCUCAUGUUGACAUCAGGCAAUGUCAAAGAGAAACACUGAGCCAUUGGUUUUUAGCAUAUUGAGCUGCCACCCUUUUCUCAAGUUCUUUGCCAUAGAAAUGGACACUGGAAGUGAUUAGAUGCUGUAGACAUACAUCAGAUUUCCUGCCUCUCUUAUUGUCCCUGAUGAAUAUUCAGCGUGCCGAGGAAAACUUUGAAUUUUGAGAAGGUACCUGUGAUAAUGAGAGUCUGACCAACACCAGGUACAACCGCUCAACACCAGUGAAGGCAGCUUUUCCCUCAGAUCCCCCUUUACUGUGUACCUGCCCACUAACGAGAAGCCUUACCUCGUUCGGUUCUACAGCAGCAACGCUUGUUCAAAAGAUUUUGUGAUUAUUUUUUUUUUGCCUUUUGAGGCCUGAAAGGAAAGGAUACAUUAUGCCUUGUUUUGGCUCAUUUCAAAGAAAAUGUCUGCCAUCCUUUUCCGUUUGUUCGUUUGUUCUUUCUUCUACUUGCCUUACUGUUCGUACAAAACGUAUCGUUGAGUUGAUGAAUGUAUUGUGCUGUUACUACUUACUUGCCUGCGCUUGUAUGAAUUUGCUGUUUCUAUGUUUGGGGGGGAAAAGGGACAGAGGGACAGAAACCCUGGUUUAAAAAAGAAUAAGAUUAGAUCAAUACUGUAUACCAUGUAACUUAUGUAACUGUUGACUGUAACAGUUUGCUUGAAUUAAUAAAAAUCUAAUGUUAUGUUUCAGCCCUAAA